UCAGGUUACUUACGUCUAAUACCAUUCAUCCGUCGAACGGAGCAUUUUAAUAGACUAGCAACCAUGGCAACUUUAACAAUAAAGCAAGGCAUCGAUCUGGAGUUACAACUCUCCAAAAAUACUCAAAUUUUACUAGUAGGAAAGAAGAAACUUCUCAAGAAUAUCAAAUUCACUGAUGAUAUUAUGACAAAAUUUUCGGGUUUUGUCACUUCGAAAACUUGGAAUUCAUUAAUGGAAGUAUUGGCUGAAGAUAAUUCAAAAAAAAUACCACUUCAUUUAAAUUUAGCCACUGUUAUUGCUGUGGGAGAUGAAUCGAGUCGACAUAAUGCACCAUCAAAUGCUUUAUCAAUUUUCAAAGAGGUCAAGAAGGCAAGUCAGACAGAAAAUGGGAUUAAGAAUGUUUCAAUCGUUUUAUAUGCAGUACUAGCAGAUCUAUUCCCAAGUGUCGCUGCAAUUGCACGUUGUUAUCCACUUUAUAAUCGAUUAACCGAAAAUGCUAACGAUUUAGAAAAUGUUCAAAUUGAAGUUGUUGUUACUGAUGGCGAGAAGCUCACUAAUCGUGAUCUGUUGUUCCUCCAAACGUUAACAGAAUCAAUUCGAAACACUGCUCGUCUAAUUGAUAUACCAUAUAACGAGCUUAAUACGGAACAAUUCGUUGCUGAGGCUAAUGAACUAAUUUCAACACUUCCGAAUAUACAAACUACAAUUAUUAAGGGCAAUGAUUUACUUAAAAAAGGUUUUGGAGGGAUCUAUCAUGUUGGUAAGGCAUCUUCUUCACCACCAAUUUUCGCAUGCUUUAGUCAUAAACCACCUAAUGCUACGAAAACAUAUGCUAUGGUUGGGAAAGGCAUAGUAUAUGAUACAGGUGGUAUGCAGAUUAAAACAAAAACCUUGAUGCCUGGUAUGAAGAACGAUAUGGGUGGUGCAGCUGCUUUACUUGGUUCAUUUUAUACUUUGGUGAAAUUGGGCUUUAAACAAAACUUACACUGCGUACUGUGCGUCGCAGAUAAUGCUAUUUCGCCAACUGCAAACCGUCCGGAUGAUAUCAUAACGUUGUUAAGUGGUAAAACGGUUGAAAUCACGAAUACGGAUGCUGAGGGUCGCUUAGUAUUAGCUGAUGGUGUUUAUUAUGCAAAGAAUAUGCUCAAAGCUGACAUAAUAAUCGAUAUGGCAACAUUAACAGGUGCACAAGGACUUGCAACUGGAAAACUUCAUGCUGGUGUACUAACCAAUAGUGAAGAAUGGGAAAAUCGUGCUUGUAAAGCUGGACGAGCUAGUGGUGAUCUUGUUCAUCCAUUACCAUUUUGUCCAGACCUACAUUUUGAUGAUCUGAAAAGUCAUAUAGCAGAUAUGCGAAACUCAACUUUUAACAAAACACAGGGACCUGGAAGCUCAAUCGCUGGUCUAUUCAUUGCAUCGCAUAUUGAUUUUGGAAGCGGUUUAGAUUGGAUACAUUUUGAUAUUGCUUCUCCUGUGGAAAAUUCCAAUCGUGCAACAGGUUAUGGACCGGCUCUAAUUUGCGCUCUUCUUGCAUCCGAUCUCGAUGUGCCUCUUUUGAAAACUUUACAGUAA